CAAAUCAAAUUCAAUACAUUUGACCGUCCUGCACUAUGCGAUAAAUAUAAUAAUAAUAAUAUAAUAAUAAUUGCAUAAAUACUUGAAUGGUCCAAACCUAUAGGACCUCGUCUUUUAAGAUGGAAAAAAGUAUUUCAGCAAUUACUUCUAUUAGAAUCUAUUACUUUUAGAAAUAGCACAUGCAUAUUUAGGGUCCAUUUGAGUUAGAAACGCUCCAAUCAGGUUAAUAUCCGACUGUAAUAGUGACUCGCUAUCUUUGGAUGCAUUUUUAACAGGACCGAUAUUCAUGCCAAUUGCACAAAAUAUCUGCGCAUGUUUAUUAAUGCAUCCUUGGCUUAGACUGAAUUCUGCUUACAACAUUGACCAUUAAAAUGCAAAUACAUUGCAGAUGCAAACACGGCUGUAGAGCGUAGCCCUAGGUUACUUUGUUACACUUAAAACAUACAAAUGAACAGAAUCAUACUUACAUGAGCGAAUCGGUUGCUUUGUCGCUCGGUGCUUGAUUCAUUUACCUGUACAUAAACUGUCACGAACUGGCUAAUGUGCGAAACCUAAACUGUACUGAUGGUGCAUUGCUUCAUGUGAGAAUUUACAUGCAUAUCUUCUCACUGCAGAUUCAACGCAUGCACUCGUACAUUUGUCCUAAAACACACACACACACACACACACACACACACACACACACACACACACACACACACACACACACACACACACACACACACACACACACACACACGUACCUACAUGUACGCACGGAGCUGCUGGCCGUCUGAGCCAAGCGCGCGGUGACUCGGAUGCUCUCAAUGGCAACUUUGAAACUGAACACACCUUUUACAUAUUUAUAGAGCGCGCCUAAAUUAACAAUAGCCUAUAUAAUAUAUAAAACACUCACCAAUGUUGCUAGCCUGCAUCAGGCGUGGACACAUUUCACAGUUCCCAUUUAAAAUAUCGUAACAUGAUAGAUUUCAUGUUAAAAUGAGUUCAAAAUGCACAGAAAACUUUCAUUCAAUUUUAGUUUUUUUAUAAAUGUUAGCAAAAUUAUUAAUAAUAAUAUUAAUAAUGAUGAUAUUAAUAAUACUAAUAAUAAUAAUUGUUAUUAUUAUGUUAAGGAAUACGAUUUAAUACCAAUUUACACUCACAUUUUUUGGAACAAUCUUUUUACGAUUUAAGAGGCUUGCAUAUUGGGUGCACGAAAAGUUCGUGAUCACCUUGCAUAUUAGGGCAGCGACCUUGACCCCAUCCAGGAUUCAAUGGCCAGUGUUGUACCGUAUUCCGCAGGUCUCUGAAAAAUACCACUUAUUCCUCUAAAAUCGCUCGAGAAGGGGAGGUGGCGGAGAUCCGAGAUGUUGCUGAGCGAGUGGAGGAGGAGGGAAAGAGAUAAGUGAUCUAAAGGAGACACGAUAGGACAAAAAGUGAUGAUGAUGAAUACAUUGGAAAGUUUUUUGGCCCUGACGAGGGUGUCAGAUUGAAUGGCCUGUGCGCAUGUGCGAAGGUGUCCAAACUGACAAUGCUCGUGAGAUGAAGAUAGCGCUGCUGCUGCUUCUGAGCUCAAGGAGGACGCGAGGAAUCUACAAGCCGACAAGAUGAGAUCCAAGGCGAGGGCGAGAAAACUGGCCAAAAAUGACAGUGAGUCAGUAAACAGUAUGUACAACACAGAGCACAAUCUCAUGACUGGCGAGAGUGCAGAAGAGGAGACAGAAGACAGCAUCAUGUCACCCAUUCCGGUGGGGCCCACAUCCCCUCAGCCCUGCAAUGAGGACUUCACUCCUAAAGAGGGCUCACCCUACGAGGUUCCUGUCUACAUUCCUGAUGAUAUUCCUAUCCCGUCUGACCUGGAGCUCCGUGAGUCGUCCGUUCCAGGUGCUGGCCUUGGGAUCUGGGCCAAAACCACAAUUCGGAUGGGAGAACGCUUUGGACCACACAACGGAAUGCAGAGUGCCACAGUUAAAGAAACCACUUACGGAUGGGAGCAAAUGCUGAAUGAUCAUGAAACAUCGUCUCAAGACAGCUGUAUUAAAAAGGUAAUGGACAACAUGGGAAAUGUGAAGUUCUGUCUGGAUGAAGCUCUGGAGGCCAGUGGGGGCUGGCUCAAAUAUGUGCGCACAGCCCCAUCCCACGAAGAGCACAACCUGACCGUAUGCCACAUCAGUGGAGAUCAGAUCUAUUAUAAAGCUAUUAGAGAUAUUGAAGUAGGGGAGGAGUUAAUGCUUUACAUGAAGGACGGAGUUUUCCCCGAGGGCUCAAUGGCACCGAACAUGGAAGAUGAGCAGAUGUAUCGCUGUGAACACUGUGACGAGCUCUUCACCUCAAAGCUUGAGUUGCGGCGGCAUCAGAAAUACUCCUGCAGUAGCAGCAACUCCAUCUUUGACUCGCUAAGCGAAGAUUUCAAACAGGAGUGUGAAGACAGCGAUGAGCCGGUGCACGAGUGCAAAGACUGUGAAAAGAUCUUUCCUAGCGAGUACAGUCUCGGGCAGCAUAUGAUCAUACACACAGAGGAGAGAGAAUAUAAGUGUGACCAAUGCCCCAAAGCCUUCAACUGGAAAUCCAACCUCAUUCGUCAUCAGAUGUCACAUGACAGUGGCAAGCGCUUUGAGUGUGAAAACUGUGAUAAGGUGUUCACAGACCCCAGCAACCUCCAGCGGCACAUCCGCUCUCAGCACGUCGGGGCCCGAGCCCACACCUGCCCUGAGUGUGGCAAGACCUUUGCCACCUCCUCAGGCCUCAAGCAGCACAAGCACAUACACAGCAGUGUCAAGCCUUUCAUCUGUGAGGUGUGUCACAAAUCGUAUACCCAGUUCUCUAACCUGUGCCGUCACAAACGGAUGCAUGCAGACUGCCGCACCCAAAUCAAGUGUAAAGACUGUGGGCAAAUGUUCAGUACUACCUCGUCCCUCAACAAGCACCGGCGCUUUUGUGAAGGCAAGAACCAUUAUAACCCAGGAGGCAUAUUCACAUCGGGCAUACCUAUGACCUCAAGUCCCAUCUUAGGCAAGUCGAAGUCUCUUCCCGGCCUGCAUCAUGCUGGACUUGGCUUUGGCGAUUACUUCCCAUCCAGGCACCAUCAUGCAGGGCUGUCCUUUUCCACAGCGCCCCCAGCAUUCCCAGCCAUGUCCCACGGCUUCCCAGGGAUCUUUCCUCCAUCACUAUAUCCAAGACCUCCAUUGUUACCCCCUAGUCCACUGCUAAAGAGCCCACUUAGUAACACUCAAGAUGGGAAGCUGCCUUCUCUUGAUGCUCCUACUCUAUCCAUGGUUUCAUCCAUUAGCAACAGCAACGGCAAUGUCGGAAGUGCCCUCAGCAGCCUGUCAGAAGAGAAUCGAGAGUCUAAACUGGACUUGUCAUUCCCAGACAACAAGAAUAAAGUGAAGAUGAAUGACAUGUCUGAUGGUAGUGACUUAGAAGAUGUUAACACAUCCAGUGGCACGGAUCUAGACACCACAACUGGCACGGUGUCUGGCACCGACCUAGAAAGUGAGGCAGAGAGCGAACGGGACAAGAGUAGAAGGAAACCGGUGCAAGAGAGCAAGCAGGACGAAGUCAGCAGCAGUUCGAUGUUGAUCUCUAGUUCAGGGAACCUCCCUUGUGAGCGUCCUUUCCUCUCCUCGCAGCAUUCCUUCUUCCCACCUCCAGAAGAGCAAACACUUCCACCCUCCAGUGCCACCACUGACUCCAUUAAAGCCAUCGCCUCCAUUGCAGAAAAGUAUUUUGGCACAGGCUUCAUGGGCUUGCAGGAAAAAAAGAUGGGCUCCUUGAACUACCAUUCCAUGUUCCCUUUCCAGUUUCUGCCCAACUUCCCACAUUCAUUGUAUCCCUUCACAGACAGAGCACUUAAUCCUGGCAUGUUCUUCAAACCUGAGCCCAAAUCCGCUCAUGAGCAAAUACAGAAAUUAACUACAGCCACUGUGGAUUCCCCCUUCGAUCUUACCACCAAACCCAAGGAUGUCAAACCUCUCCCUCCACCUCCCAGCAAGCCCACAUUGCCAUCCAACACACUCCUGGCCCCAGGCGAGGAGCAGCCUCUGGACCUCAGUAUAGGUAGUCGAAGCCGAGCCAGCCAGAAUGGUGGCAUACCUGAAAAGCGCAAGAAUCACGUCUAUGGCACAAACUGCAAAGCAUCUAAAGAUGAGCAUCCAGCAUUAACUCAGUCCCAGAGCUUGCACCAGCCCCAGAUGCCUCAACUUCCAGCAUCCCUCCCCCAGCCACCUUCUCCCCAGCAGCAGCAAUCAUUCCACUAUGCCAAGCCCUCGCCGUUCUUCAUGGACCCCAUCUACAGGGUGGAGAAAAGGAAGCUUUUAGACCCAGUAGGAGCUCUAAAGGAGAAAUACCUGAGGCCGGCACCACUACUCUUCCAUCCUCAGGUGUCUGCCAUGGAAAACAUGACUGAGAAGUUGGAAAGCUUUAGUGCUCUGAAACUGGAUGCUCCCAAUUCCCUCCAGCACUCCUCACACCACCUCUUUGACUUCCGCUCCCCGCCUCCCUCUCUCUCCGACGCUAUCUUACGCAAAGGCAAGGAGCGAUACACCUGCAGGUACUGUGGGAAAAUCUUUCCCAGGUCAGCUAAUCUUACAAGGCACUUACGAACACACACAGGAGAACAACCAUAUAGAUGUAAAUACUGUGACAGAUCAUUUAGCAUCUCCUCCAACCUCCAGCGACAUGUUCGUAACAUUCACAACAAGGAAAAACCUUUCAAGUGCCACCUUUGCAAUCGCUGCUUUGGUCAACAGACUAAUCUGGACCGCCACUUAAAGAAACAUGAACAUGAAAAUAUUCCAGUGAGUCAGCAGUCUGGGAUCCUCUCAAAUUUAGGAACAAAUAUUUCCUCACCGAACUCGGAGUCUGACAAUCAUGCACUUUUGGAUGAGAAGGAGGACUCGUACUUCUCAGAGAUCAGGAACUUCAUCUCCAAAAGUGAGAUGAACCAAGCCUGCAGCUCCUCAGAAAAAAGGACGGAGCUGACAGAGGAAGAGCAUCCUCAAAGUCACACUCACACUGCCUCCAAACUGGAGGAGGAGGAAGAGGAGAUUGAGGGAGAUGAUGAAGAUGAGGAAGGCUCGUUGACAGAAAAGUCACAGGACGAGACAGCUUCUCCCGCCACUAUGGUGCAGGAGGGCACUUACGAGGACGAAGAGGAACCGACCCCUAUCCCGAUGUCUUACGAACACACGCGCAGGUGUAUUGAGGAGGAUGCAGGCCUAUUAGAUCUGGAACCUCUGGCUGAUUUCCCCAAAAGCCUGGAAUUCCAUAAAGCUGGCGAGGAGCCCUAUGACAUUAAAGACAUAUUUAGCAUCUCGGUAGAGCCGGAUGCACUGAAAGAAUCUCUAUUCAGGCAGGCUAAAACCCAGGCUUAUGCAAUGAUGCUCUCUUUGUCUGAGAACAACAAUCUACACGCACCCUCCCAGAACUCCUUGGAUGCUUGGCUCAAUGUAGGGGGAGGGUCUUCAGAAACAAGCUCCUUUCACCCCCUCAACAACAUCUGAGAACACGAAAAAGGCAAAAGAGAAGUCAGAAGUGAGUGGAGGAAGAUAGAGCUUGUGAAGUCCAACAAUGCCACAGUAGAACCACCACUAUGUGUGUGAGGAGGGAAGGGCUGUAGAGAUAGCAGACCGUACUGUUGGGUGAAACGGACACAGGAUCCAGUCACAGAUGGGCGAUUGUAUUCCAUGGCAGUAAAACAAGAAUGAAAUCAUCAAUUCCCAGCCAUACAACAAAUUUUCUGUCUGCAACUAUCCACGAUAGUGAUGUUCUCUCAUCAGUAGCUCAAAUCUAGAGGAGAUACUGCAUUUGAAUGACUCAAAAUCAUCUCAUUUUCAAUUAUAUGCAUUUAACAGAGACUGCUCUUUAAAGCUAAUAUGAUUUUUCAUGCAAAUGAAGCAUCCAUGUUCCUGUAGAAGCCCGAGCUGUGUUGGGUGGUGCAUUCCAUCCUCAAGUUGUUCUUGUUCAAAGGUUUCAUUUAUAUAAACUCACAGUUGAAGUCUUAGAUCAUUAGAGUACAAAUAAACAUUCAUUUAAUGGCAAUAGAAGCACUUAAGCCCAUAACUAGCAUGCUAACUUCCCCCCGAGGCUAACCGCCAUUCGAACACCAACUUUAAAAUGUCUAUGCUGGAAGUCACUGGGAUACCUUGUGAUGUUUUUUUUUUAUUAAACCGCACAAUUUUGUCUCGUCCCUUCAACCGUAAGAGCAGGCAAAUGUUCAUACGAUACAUCACGCAACAUGGUUGUUCAAAGUGUAUAGCGUCAUUGACAUUGUAAGUAAUUGUUAUGGUUAGCAUUUUAGCUGUAUACAGGCCUUUAGUCCAAACUGAAUGUUUGUUUUUUUAAAGUUAAAUUAUUCUCCAGUGGGGGCAAUUGGAAUAUCUUUCCUCCUUCGUCUUGAAUUCAGUAAUAUUAUACUUUAUAUGUGAUUUGCUCCUCAGUUAACAGUAUUGUUUCUUUUCAGGCACAUCUGUGCUUAAAUGUUAAUAUAAUUCUUUAGUGAAGGACCAAAUUUGUACAAUAUUGUUGUAUGAUGUACAAAAUAAGUUAACAGUUUGUAGCAGAGUGUUGUGUGCCAAAUAACUCCCUUUUCUUUGACAAUCAUUUUUUGACCCCAAGUGAUCGCCUCCACUGUUAGUAGUUUUUCCCUUUGUUGUUGAUUACUUAGCAUUGAUGAGUGUUUGUCUUUUAUUUAUUUACUUUUUUUCUUGUUUCAUUUUUUGGAAUAAUGAAAAAAAAAAAAAAGAAAUGAAAAAAAAAAAAUGUUUUACCCACUCUUUUGAAGGAAUGAAAUGACUGAAAUGUGGAGAUUCUGAAUUUUUCAUCAUAGAGCAACAAGUUUGCCAAAAUCUGAAUCACCAAAUCAUGUGUUUCAUUUAUGACCACGUAAUCAUUAGGCAUCAAAUGUGUCUGUGAAGUCUGGUUUAUGAUACAUCCAUUAACACAUUGGGAAUAUGUGAUUUUUAAAAAUGGUUGACAUUCUUGAAUCCAGUGUUUUGAUUAAAACAUCAGGUAACUCAAAUAGAGGGGCAUUAUAUGUUGACCUUUUUACACAUGUUAUCCCUCAAAGUCAAACAUCAAAUGUCUUCAUAAAGAAAAUGCAGUGCAGUACAUCUGGAUUUAUAUCUGGGAAGAGCCAUUAACGUCAGCUGGUGGUAAAUAUCAUAAUAGCCAACAGGCAUUUGUAUCAACGUCAUUUUAACCUAAGGAAAGACACCACAACUGAUUCCACAUCCACACUAAUCUGUUUUCAUUUGAAGACGCCGUUUUCUGAAGUGUGCAUUUUCAAAUGAAAACGGAUUAUUGUGAAAGUGGCCUGAGAAGGCUACAAAGGGAUCGUCAUCAGAUGGUGAGAAGCGACAGAUAAGUUCAUAAGAACAUAAAGCUUUCUGAGAGUCCUCGUCCAACUCCUCUGAACUGUGAAGCCAGUGAAUGAAUCGUAAACAACUGAAUGCAUAUCAUGAAUGUGUAGAGUAGAUUUAAUAAGUAGGUUACCAAGCAAAAUUACCAAGCAAAAUUCUGCUGAAGUUACCUUCUCGUGAAUGUCUGUUUGGGACUUUUUUUGGUCAGGAAUUUAUACCUUUACUACUACUCUCCUCACGCCUUCUGUUGGGAUUUUUUAAGACUUUACACACCACAUACUCUAAAUUAAGGACUAACCUAACACAUACAUUGUUCAUACUUUCCGUUUCAUCUGAGCUCUUAUCUUAGGAUUUUAAAUGUAACUUUUGAGGCAAGGCUGGUUUUAACAAGCACUUUAGAUCAUAGGUCAAAAACAGCAAAGAAUGUUCGAGUUUUGUCAGAAGAACUUGUCAUUUAGGAACAAUAGGAAUAGUUUAUUUCCACUGCAGACACCACACGACAUGCAUUUUAUUGGCCUAUAGGAAUUUUCUGGAUCACACAGUGUAAAAACCAGGUGGCGCUCUGUCUCUUCGUACCCUGUUUCAUCCCGUAUCGUCCUACGAUAUGAUUUACUCAGGCCCUUGAGUAAAAAGCCUUGUGUGAUGCAUAGAAAUGCUGGGGAUUUAAUAGAAUUCGGAGCAUGGAGGAAGUCAUGUCACAUACUACUGUACUUAGCAAGCGCUGUAGAUGGAGAAGAAAUUUACCCACUUUUUUUUAAAUCUUCAUGGACAAAUGGUCAAUCAUGGAACUGGGAUGUUAUUCAUGAC